AUCUGCCUCUGCCUUAGUCAGAUUUGCUUCAAAUCAGGUGAUGUGAGGUACUCCUUACUGAGAGUAAACAGAUCAUAUGAGAGAAGGUUAAGAAAGCAGAUAAACUGUGAAUCAGUGUCAGGCACUCAGAGACUUUCUAAAUCCUCUAUAAUGCUGCUGCUCUGCCUUGCUGUCCUCUGCCUCACUGGCAGCUCUCCCUGCGCUGCUGCCCCACCGCGGGACACUGCAGGAUCUGGGUCCACCAGAAACAAGCUGCUGCUCAUCUCCUUCGACGGUUUCCGCUGGGACUAUGACCGAGACGUUGACACCCCUAACCUGGAUGAGAUGGCCCAGGAUGGGGUGAAGGCACAAUACGUCACACCAGCAUUCCUUACCAUCACGAGCCCUGCUCACUUCACCCUGCUCACAGGACGUUACAUCGAGAAUCACGGAGUAAUCCACAACAUGUGGUUCAACACUACCACCCAGGAGAAGAAGCAGUACUACAUGACUCAGUUUGUUGAUUCCUACUGGGACAAUGGCAGUUUACCCAUCUGGAUAACAGCCCAGAGACAGGGUCUAAAAGCAGGCUCUCUGCAUUUCCCUGGCACAGCAGCCAAAUACAAAGGAGAGAUUGUGAGGGUUAGGCAAGUGGAACCACGUUUCUAUGAUUACUCUAAUGAGACAGAUUGGAGGCUGAACAUCGACAAGGUGAUCGGAGAGUGGUUCCACCAACAGGACCUGGACUUUGUCUCAUUGUACUUUGGAGAACCUGAUUUGGCAGGGCACAAAUAUGGCCCAGAUUCCCCAGAACGCAGAGAGAUGGUCCGGCAAGUGGACCGCACUGUGGGCUACAUCCGGGACAAGAUCCAAGACCAUGGCCUUACUGACAGGCUUAAUAUUAUAAUCACUGCUGACCACGGGAUGACUACAGUUCUUCGGGGUGGACUAGUUGAGGAGAUCGUCCUCUCAAAGAUUCCUGGCUUCAGCUUCAAUGAUAUAAAGUUUCAUCUGGUGGAUUAUGGUCCCGCUGGGAUGCUUCUUCCUAAAGAGGGGAUGCUGGAAAAGGUCUACCAGGCUCUGAAGGGAAGCCACCCUCAUCUUCAUGUGUAUAAAAAGGAGGAAAUGCCAGCUAGACUGCACUACAGUAACCAUCCUCGACUCCUACCCAUCAUCCUCUUCGCUGAUCCUGGAUAUGUAAUCAAUGGGUUGAUCCCAGUGCAGUUCCACAAAGGAGAGCAUGGCUUUGACAAUCAAGUUAUGGACAUGAAGCCUUUCUUCAGGGCUGUGGGGCCUGAUUUCCAUAAAAACAUGGUGUCCACACCCUUUGAGACAGUUAAUGUGUAUCCCCUGAUGUGCCACCUACUAGGAAUAAACCCAGAAAUCAACGAUGGACACUUGGACAAUACCAAACACAUGCUGGUCCCAAGGAAAAACAUGGAAGGAAACAAUCCAGAAAUGAAUAUCCAGUCCCAAGCAGUUGUGGGCUUAUCAGCAGUGACUGGGUUUCUGGUAUUGGUCUUCAUAGUGACCACCUCCUAUACUUUGUACAAAAGGAACAGUGCAGAAAGGAGUUACAAACCAGAACAUGCUGCCGGUGAAGAAAAGAUGAAGCAAACCAGUUUUUGAGAAUUCAGAUUGAUGUUUGUGUUUUUCCAUGUGUCUUCUUUUCCCCAAUCUAGUUCUUCCAUUAAUUAUAAAUAUGAAAUCACAGUACAGAAGGACUUACAAAGGUCACUGUGAGUAAUUAUUGCCAUGUCCAUGGAGAUAAUGAUCUGGUUGGGGAUGGUUUUUGUUUGAUGUUUUUAGCUUGAAGGAUAUUUCAGUUAUACACAGGACAAGAAACAGAUUCUUAAUAUUUGGUAUAGAUCUAAGUGUUUUUUAAGACAUUUUAAGAUUUGGUACAUGUAUCCCAAGAUCACUAUGUAUAUUAUUUAUAUUCAUAGAAAUCACAAUCCAAAUGCAAAUUAAAAAUGUCAUUUUUCUUAAAUUCACCAGUUUACCCAAACAUGGCUAUAUCCUUUCAGUUUGCUUUAUAUCAACUUUGCUUUCGCGGGUCAGACAGAGAAUUAAAGCUAUACUCUGAUUAGCUCUAAUCCUAACUUGAUAUUAAGAUAUUUUGGGGUCUUUUUAUGCCAUUAUUUGAUAGGUCAGCCAAAUAUAGACAGUCAAGGGUUUAUGGAGGUCAAGGGGUAAGGACUCAGUCUACAUGGGGUGCCUGUUCAACCAGGUGAGCUACCGUUCACCCCCUAACAUUUUUUCUAACCCAAACCAUCUCACACAUAAAACUACCUAACAAAGGCAACAAACACAACCCAAUCAGAGGCAGAGAAGGGUGGGUCUUUGCGGAAUGUCAGCUGUUUAGGGGUGGGUACUUAGACUCAACAGGAAGAGGUAUACACAAUCAGAAGUAAGGUUACACAUGUGGACAAAAAUCAGAAGCAGUGGUACUCAGUACUGGUGAGUACUGGCCCAUUUCAGGUGCUGCAGCUAAGUAAUAAGAAGGUAAUAAUGUGUAAUACUUAUUAUAUCCUAUACUAAUAACGGAAUUUCCCUAGAAGAAAAAAUGUUACUGAUGAGUAAUCUCACUAUUCAUGUCUUUUUCAUCAGAAUACUAUCCCACUUUAAUGCUACCCUCAUUGUUGUGUAUUUUGUCAUUGCUCUGCCAUCAGCAAGUGUUUUUUUCCCAUAAAGCUCCCUUUAUGGAUAAUGUCACAUUAGGUACUUUCUUUCUGUCCUGCAUAAAGAAAUAGAUAACAGCACCUCCGACAUGCUGAUUAUAGAUCAGGAUAACAGUGUAUGCGCAUUUACUUCAUUUGAAUUUAUAUACAUGCUGAUACUGCAUUACAGUUCCAGCUGGUAUUUGAAGCUGUCACACUCACAUAGGUUUAUGGGUUGAAUAUAAUAGUUAUAUUGUCCUUUGUUGGAGCUAGUCUUUAAAGCCUAUAUGUCAUUGUGAAUUCAGCUAUGAACACAAAUUAAGUGGACCAAAGAUCUAGCAAAUCAUUUUUGUGUAACAUGAACAUUUGUUAAUACUCAAAUGAAUAACAGAGAGACUUAUGACUGGAGAAGAGAAAAUGUGGGCAGUGGGGACAGAGAGCUGCUGAACCAUCAUCACUAAAUUAAUGGAGGUAGCCGAUUUACUGUAAAGUACUUUACAUGCUUCUGCUCUUUGGCUGCGAUCAUGUUGGAGAGCUACCCCGGUUUAAUGUGUGUAACUGAGAUUAUAUCAAUACCCAGACAUGUAUAAUAAAAUAAACUGUGAAACCAAACAGAUUUAGGAAGGAUAUAUGUACAUAGUGGACAAUCAUUUCAACUCUAAUUUGUAAUGAAUGAUGAUUAUUGCACAAAGGAAAGAUGUCUAAAAAUGGGUAAAGUCUC